AUGGAGCUACCUGUACUGGACAAGUUUUGCUUUAUCUUCGGUCUUCGAUCAGGAUGCAUCGCCAUGGGUAUUGUCAAUGCCAUCCUCUCUUUCACUCUGGCGGUGAUCUUGAUUACCUUCGCAGUAGACAUUAAGGACUUAUCAGAAGCACAGAAGAGCCGGGACGAUGUAGAUGCUAGCAUGUCUUCCGUGGUGUACACGAUCGUGGUAUUGCUCGUUGUACUACUUUUGGCCAAGUUCAUAUCUGAUUUGGUCUUCGUGUAUGCCGUUUUUAAGGAAAGAGCCGGCAUUAUAAAAAAGUACUGUAUUUCUUGGAUCAUAUUCCUGGUGCUGUUCAUUAUUGGCUUCUUGAAAGCACUGUUCCACAUGGAAGCUAGUCACGUCAUCUCGCAGAUUUUGUUCUUGGGUAAGUGUGGAAUUUGA